AUGCCACGGCUUUCGUACUGGCAUCGCGACAGUAUCAUGAUGUCACUCAGAAGUGAGGUGCCUCCGGCGCAAAAGCCUCCGGCAUCGCCAAAGGCAAAGACGGCCGUGGAUCCGCUCCACGAGCUAAUGGAGAUGCUCCGGCCGAGGUGGACGGCAGACGAGUUGAUCGAGCUGGCAGAGGCGCGCAAGAGUGCAGACAUGGCGCAGCUUUUUGCUGGUCCGGGUUAA